CCCCUCCCCCCGGCACGAUGACCAGGAAGGUGUUCACCAACACGAGGGAGCGCUGGCGCCAGCACAACGUCAACACGGCCUUCGCCGAGCUGCGCAAGCUGAUCCCCACGCACCCGCCGGAGAAGAAGCUGAGCAAGAACGAGAUCCUGCGGCUGGCCAUGCGCUACAUCGGCUUCCUGGUGCGGCUGCUGGAGAGCCAGAGCGGGGGGGGGCAGCCGGCCGGCCACUCGCCCGCCGCCCUGCUCACCUUCCUCCGGGGCAGCAUGGAGCAGCUGCACUCCCCCCCCCCGCACGGCGGCUGGGCCCUGACCAGCGACACCGAGGUGCCGUCGCCCGGCUCCAGCUGCGACGGCUCCGAGGCCUGGUAGAGCCCCGCGGGGGGGGGCGACUCUCCCCUUCGACGGCGGCGUUUUGUGUGCAGAGAGGUGCGAUAUUGUGUGAUGUUUGUGGAGCCGGGGGACUACGCGGGUGUUGAUAUGUGAUUUGUGUUCUGCAUGGAAUGGAUGUGUUGAAACACCACCAGGAUGUACAGUGUUGCCUUCAUGUCUUCACGAUAAUGUUGCUUGUCGCCGGGCAGAGUGGAACUAAUUGGGUUUUGCAAUGACGGGGUGCUUCGCCGAUGAGGAAAACGGAGGGGAUUACGGAAUUGCUCAUUUCAAGCCACAGAUUCAGUUAUUUGAGUAGAUAAUGGCUCACACAAUUCUGCAGAAUGCAAUUGUCUCGAAAGAGCCUUUUUUUUCUUCUUUUUUUUUUAAACCAACGACAUGCAGUUUUUCUAAAUCUGACCUUUAUUUUCAUUAAGAACCAAUCCAAUCGGUCUUCAGAGGAGGACGUUCCGUUUUAAGACUUUGGAGGUUUCUCGCCAAUUUGGCAAAACAACGUUGAGUGUUGGUUGUGCUCAGAUUUACUCGUAGGAUCGGGCUGAGGAACUUCAGCAGAACCGACAAUCCUCUCACAGCAAACACAUGCUUCAUCCCACAAAUAUCUCCUUAUUUAAAUGUGUUUUGAGUCUUUGUAAAAUACGCAUGUCAUAUAGCCAAAGAUUCUGAAUUGAUUGUCUACUGUGAAGAGUGUGCUUAUUAUCUUCUGAUACCUAUUUUGUAAGUUAUUUUGGUGUGCUUGUGAAUAUACAGUAUGGUAUUUAUUUGAACUAUUUAUUUAAUAAAUGAUUUGAUAAUGAUUUUUGAAAUCUUUUAAAUGCCAGAGGUCACUCAAAUCAUUCUGAACGUCUGCCGCAGGAAACAUUUUAGAUGAAGUACAACUACUUACUACAUUUAAGCCCGUUUUGAACUGUAGUGAGUGAAAUAACGCAUACUAAAACAGAUAUUUGAGUGUACAAGGGAAAUAAAGGAGCGUGGGAGGGAAACAUCAGCAGCAGGAACGCCGAAUAAAACCAAAAAACCAUAACUCAAACCCUAGCGGGCCGUUCUCAGAUGGUCAGUCUGCGAUGGCCUCGUGAGUCAAAGUGACGUCCGGCUCAAGAGGCUCGAGCCGCCGCCUCUUUGUCCCGAGCUCAAAAGGCCCGAGAAACAUCGGCCCACGAGUCCUGUGAUGACCGCGUGGACACAGAGGUGACCUCCGCCCCGGUAAAAGUGACAGCUUAACUUGUGACCCCCCCUUGAGGGUCGGAGGUCGUGCUGCAGUCAAACGGGGUCCGGUGGACCGGCGUGCAGAUGGAGUUUACUCUCUGGAUUUAGAACUAAGGCGACUCAUUCACCGUUUAACUCUAAAAUUCCAAUUUCAUUCAU